AUGGCGAGGCCGAGGCUGCUAUGUAGAAUCGACAGAAUUAAGAAGGCCGCGUCUUUGCUGGCAGUGUGUCUGUUUGUCAGUGUUGUCUGCGUUGCGACUGUAACAUACGCCCAUGAAUUCAACAUCACAAGCUUCGCAGAAGUGAAGAUGAAAACUACCCAAUCGCAUCGAACAAACGGAUACGUCAUAAGACAGCGUAAUUUACAGAAUAUAUUGGUUGAAACUAAGAACGAGCUGCGACGAUGGUGUCCUAACAAGACUCGGACAGCUCAGAUAAGGGAUCACCUUAAUCGAUUGACUCAAUCCAACCUUAUUAUUUCUCAAGGAAACACACCAACUGGGAGGAGGUACUACAAUACUUUCUACACACAACCCGUACGAAUUGACGAGGCUAAACGCAACUUGCUUCCUGUUAUGGCGCCCUUCUCCGAAAAAUCGUUAUAUAUAUCCUGUGCCGUGAUUGGAAAUGGUGGAAUCUUGAAGCAUAGUGGAUGCGGCAAAGAGAUCGACAGGUUCGAGUUUAUAUUGAGGUCAAAUCUACCGGUGAUUGGUGCAUUCACACAUGACGUAGGAAGUAAAACCAAUUUAACCAGUUUGAAUCCCAGUGUCAUAAAAAACAGGUUUCAUUAUCUGAACUCGUCAGAAAUGACCAGCAUGUUCCUAAAUGCGUUGGACGAGUACAGUGGAUAUCUGUUGUGGAUACAUAACAGUAGAAUCGUGGACACGAGUAUGGCGUUCAGGAUUGCGCAGCUGGUAAAAGAAAACACUACACUGCAGAUUUUACUAACCAACGCUGAAUUUUUAGGAAAUAUCGAGUAUUGGUGGAAGUCCGGCAAAACUUUAUCAACUGGAAUGCUAUUAACUAGUAUAGGACUAAUGCUAUGCGAGGAGGUUCACCUUUACGGAUUCUGGCCGUUUUCAAUAAACUCUGAAGGAAUGUCCUUACCCAUGCAUUACACUGAAGACUUGAACUGGUCCACCUACCAUCAAAGUCAUGACUAUCCGACAGAAUUUAAAAUACUCACGCAGCUUCACUUGGAAGGUGUACUACACAUGCACGUGGACGAGCCGUGUUCUUAA